AUGGAGUUGAAACAUGGUCCAGAAGAUCAAGCUCCAACCCAUCAACACAAAAUCUCUCUCCCAAAGCUAGCAGUUGCAGUGGGUGUCCCAGUGUGUCUGACCAUGGCUAUAAUAUUUUUAUUUGGUUCAAGCCAUAAGUACAGGGCCAUAGCGAAGCCGUUUUGGUUUCCGCCUCUAUGGGUCAUGCACGUGGGCUCGUUGGUCUGCUCCGGGCUCAUGGGUGUCUCGGCGUGGGCGGUGUGGUCCGAAGGUGGGUUCAGGGGAGAAUCCGAUGCACUGCCUCUGUACGUGGCUCAUAUCUCUCUGGGAAUCGUGUGGGAACCUCUCGUCGUUGUGAUGGGAGCGGCUUGGAUGGGGUUGGGGUUCUGUGUGGUGCAUUUUGGGACUCUUGUUGCGUGCUACUCGGCAUUUCGAAACGUCAAUCCGGUGGUGGGAGAGCUCGUUAAGCCUUGUUUGGCUUGGGUGGCCAUUCUUACUUUUCUUACCUUUAAGCUUAUUUAUCUCUAG